UCUAUCUCUCCUCCGCGGCUCAAACUCGUCGUACGCUCUCUCUUCUUUCUCCACAGCAAAGCAGGGGAGCUUCAAGACAGAUAAGACACAACAACACUCCAACGGUGAUUGGCAGCGGCGGCUCGACGGAGAAGAUGCGGCAGCACAACAACUACGGGGAGAGGGCGGGCUCGACGGAGAAGAUGCGGCGGCACAACAGCUGCAGGGAAAGGGCGAGCUUGCACAACAGCUGCGGCGAGAGGCUCUGUGUUCUAUCCUCUUCUUCCCCUCUUCUUGCCCUCUUCUUCUUCCUCCUCUUUUUCUUCUUCUCUUGGAUAGAUCUGCAAAUAUCCUCUUUUUCUUCUUCUCUUGGGUAGAUCUGGGAAUGAGAACUUCGGUGCCUUGGUCAAUGGUCAUACGGUGCCUUCCAAAUUUUGGUUUUCCUUUACAGGAGGCGGAUAAAUUUUUUUCUCUUUGUUUUGUUCAAUACGAAGUAUUUGUUUUAGAGAUCUGGGAAUGAACUUUGGUGCCUUGGUCAUACGGUGCCUUCUAAUUCUUCUCCUCUUCAAAUUUUUUUGUUUCAACUUCUUACUUUUGUAGAGAUAUUUGUUUUGUUUUGUUUCUGUUUUGUAGUUGUUAGAUAAAAUUCGAUUCAAAUGUCAUUAUUAUAGUCACAC